CUCCCCUCCUACCACCCCCCUCCUCCAUCCCAGGCAUAUAGCCACUAGUCAAUUAUAGAGCAACAUCUAAACGAUGUCAACAAGCGAUGCCGACUAUUCCGACGACGGCAUGGAAGAGUACGACGACGAGUACUCGGAAAGGCCCUCCGACAAACCAGAGUACAGGCUCACCCAUGUCCUCAAGUCCCACAGGACAACCUCAUACGCCACCAAACAUCUCUAUGAUUGGAUAAUAGGGAAUGAAAUAGACAUGGAGCCCGAGUACCAGCGAGACGUUGUUUGGCCCGAAACUAAGCAGAUAGCCCUCAUCGACUCUAUCUUCCGCAACUACUAUAUCCCCCCGAUCAUCUUUGUGGCGCAGGAGAACGGAGACGGCUUGGACAUCAGGACGUGCAUAGACGGCAAGCAGCGUCUCACGUCGAUACAACGACAUACGCGCGAGGUCCUCUGGUACAAGCUUAAUCCUAUGAGUAAGCGCAAGCGUGGCAAGCUCCUCCCGGACGCACUGCGCCGCCAAUUCGCCAAGAAACAGAUCAUCUGCGUGGAGUACAGCGAGCUCGACGACUCGGACGAGCGCGAGAUUUUCCAGCGCGUGCAGCUCGGCAUGGCACUCACUCCCGCAGAAAAACUUCAGGUGAUCUCGUCCCCUAUGGCCUCAUUCGUGCGCCAGCUCGAAGCGACGUAUUUCGCGCAAGGCAAACCGCUUGACAACCCCACGCUCGAGUGGGAUCGCUCACGGGGUGCCGACUUCCGGUGUAUCGCCCAGUCGCUCUACUGCAUCGCCAAGUAUCCGUCCAUGACCUGGGGCACGGUCCCGCAACUGGAGAAAUGGCUCAAGAACCCGACCAAGGGCGCUGCCAAGCGCGGUAAGGCUAAAAAGACAACGGCGGCGGCAGGGGAUAGCGACGACGAGGGCGACAGCCUCGCCAGCGACGAGGAGUUUAGGAAGCGCGCCGAGGACACGUUCCGUGUGUUCGGGAAGCUCGUCGCUGACGCGAACCUCGCCGCCGAGUUUCUGCGGGAGGGGUGGAAGGUGUCCCCGGUGGAGUUCAUCACCAUCGCGCUGUUCAUCGCCGUGCACAAGGACCGCAUGCCGCUCGCGAGGCUCGCCCGGAGGCUCCGCGCAAUGCGCGAGCACACGCGUGCCGUACAUGUCGAUAUCAGGAUGAACCAGCGCGUCGCGAAGACGUUCAUCGAGUUCAUCAUCAACGAGUCGACGGCCGUGGUCGCAGAGGAGGAGACCGAGACGCCUAAGUCGAAGUCGAAGCGCAAGCGAUUCGACGACGACGUGGAUAUGGAGUCGCGGAGCGGGAGUCGGGAGCGCAAGGAAGGGAGGGUCGCGCCGCCGGGGCAAACGUUCAAGAUGGAACCUCCGUCGCAGCAACAGCAGCCGUUGUUCCACCCGUCCCCCUCGCCCGUUGGCACUUCGGUCUUUACACCUCCGUCCUCUCAAUCUCACCCUCAGUCCCAGUCCCAAUCCCAGUUCGGCUCUUCGUGGUUGGCUCCGUCCUCUUCAUCCGGUAUACCCCCGCCGUCUCGAGGCCUGGCGGCCCUCCAAGCCGCAAAAGAGAGCAUCGGGCGUACCCAUCCGAGUAUUCUGAACAGUAGCGGCGGCUCAGCGCGGCCGUCGCCUAGUGUGCCGCGAAGCACCGAUCCGCGGGCACAGGGUAGAUGAUCGAUGAUCGUCGGGACUUGCGUUAUGAUCCAGAAAAACAGGGUUUACUUUGCUUUAUCUUACUAAUUUCGUAGACGUCAUCUAUUGUCACUUUGCUAUUCUGAUGCUGUGUCGCAAAAUCUAUACCUCAUGUUUUGAAUGUCAAAUGUGCUGAGAAGUCGUUUGACGUCUGCACGCAACGGAACGGCUCGAGCUCCGAGAUGGAUUACAACAGCAUGCAUUUCGCGAAAGCGCGGAGUGCAUUAUUUGGUACGUACAGACGACAGAAGGAGAGGCUCUCGGACUGUUUGAAUACCCAGGGAAAGUGCGCACGUCGUCGUCCGCUUUAUCUAUGCGUGCCAUACACGGGCGAUAAGCUCCGUCAGACCGACGUCGUUUGUGUUGAACUGGUACACGCCAACGAGGCACGCGACAGUCGCAGCGCGGAGGCCCCAGGUGGCGAUGGGGCCGAUAACGGGGAACUUGCGCGGGUGGAGGUAGUCGACGACCAUCGAGUCGAAGCCGAUGUGCGAAUGCAUAACGAGCACGACGCCGAACAGCGCGUCGAGCGCGGGGUACGCGGUCGUCGACCCUGCAAAGGCGGCGCCCGUGGCGGGGAUCAUCGCGGCGCUGAGGAGGCGCUCGAACGCCCAGUGAUAGGAGCCCGCGGUCCUGUUCGGCGGAGGGAACGUCGUCGGGUCGUUCACCGUACCCUUGUAGAUGGGUCCGCCGGGAACAUACUCGGCGCCGGGGGUCGCGAUGCCGCUCGUCUGGGCGGAGGACUUGCGGACCUGGAGAGUAGAGCGGAGCGCAGAGCGCGCGGCGGGGUUGCGCAGAGCCUGGCGGAGAAUGAGGGAGGAGGACAUGGUGGUGGUCGACGGGAAC